CGCCGGGGAUGUGAGUUUCAGAAAGGGAUGAGCGUUCGCGUUCGCAUCUAACUACUACACGAUGAACGGUUCAACUGGUUCCAACGGGAAUCAUGUGAACGGGAAGCAAGCAGCGCCAAGUGUGGAUCCGCCCGCUCCUUCAGUUUUCAACAAUGGACCGAGACACCGCCUGCUGACUACGCUGAGGCGCUGCCGUGGCGUGUUAUGCCUGGUGAUCAUGCCGGUGACCGCGUUUAUGAUGAUGGUUUACCUAGCCCCUUUCACCACCUUCGUUGUGCGGCUGUUCAGCGUGCACUACAGCAGGAAGUGGACGUGCUUUCUGUUCGGGAUGUGGUUGGCCAUGUUUCCAUUCUUGUUUGAGAAGAUUAACGGGACCAGGUUUGUUUUCUCUGGCGAAACAGUGCCGCCAAAGGAGUGUGUCUUGCUGUUUGCUAACCACAGAACUGAGGUCGACUGGAUGUACUUGUGGGAUCUUGCGCUGAGAAAAGGACGUUUGCAGUCUAUCAAGUACAUCUUGAAGAAAAGCUUGAUGAAGUUACCGAUUUUCAACUGGGCAUUCCACAUUAUUGAGUUCAUUCCAGUUGAGCGGAAUUGGGAGAUUGAUGAACCACUAAUCAGAAGAAGACUUACUGGAUUGAAGAACCCCAAGGAUCCCCUUUGGCUUGCAGUUUUUCCUGAAGGCACUGAUUAUACUGAGAAGAAAUGUAUCAGAAGUCAAGAGUAUGCGGCAGAACACGGUUUACCUAUUCUGAAAAAUGUCCUCCUUCCCAAGAUAAAGGGUUUCAAUUGCUGCCUGCAAGAGCUGAGGAGUAACUUAGAUGCUGUUUACGACAUUACGAUCGCAUAUAAGCAUCGGCUGCCAACUUUUAUGGACAACGUAUACGGCGUCGAUCCAUCCGAAGUCCACAUCCACACCGAAAUCCUCCAAGUCUCCGACAUACCCAUAGCAGAGGACGAAGUCUCCGACUGGCUAACGGAGAGGUUCAGGCUGAAGGACGAGAAGCUGUCUGACUUUCUGGCAACAGGUCACUUCCCCAACGAAGGGACCGAGGAAGAGCUGUCCACACUCAAGUGCAUCGCGAAUUUUGUAGCAGUGAUCAGCACAACAGGCCUCCUCAUCUACCUGACCCUGUUCUCGUCAGUGUGGUUCAGGAUCUUCGUGGUGUGCAGCGCUUCGUUCCUAACGUUCGCCACAUUAUACUGCGUGCAUGUACCCCAGCUCGUAUGUGUCCCAGAGGCCGACUCUCAUGCCAAGAAACUCUGAACUUGGUUGUGUAACUUGUUACUGAAGCUGUGUAUCAGCAUCCAGCAGAAAUAUGUUCUGCCGAUUAUAUGCAGCUUGUGCCAUCAUCUUUUA